AUGAAAAUAUCCUCAUGAUUUGAACUCGAAAUGGUAAUUGGGGAACGAUUGUCACACUUUCAACAUCUGACGACUGACUACCUAUUUAAUUUUAAUUUUAGCAUAAAUUACCAUAAUAUUAUAAGUUGAUCUAUCGUUUUGGUGCAAACAAUGGCUGCUAAAUUCGACCCACCAAGCUCUGCCAGUUCUGAUAGUGAUUUGACAGAAUAUCGAGACCUUGUUGGAGAAAUUUCUGUAAUUGUAGAUAAUGAUGAUGAAGAAAGUGAUAGUAUAAUUUCGUCCACUAUGUCGCCGUCAAAGCAGUCUACAGGAACUUCACCUUCUGUACUGUUAAAGUCUCCUCGGUCGACUCUAAGACAAAGAACAACGUCUGUUAGUCAGUCGACUAAAAAAACUUCUACAGAAUCUGUAUUACAAUCUCAUACUCGUACUAUUUACACAGCAGGACGACCGCCGUGGUAUAAUACAGCUGGACAACAAGUUGAACCCUUUGUUAUUGGCGUAUGUGGUGGAAGUGCAUCUGGUAAAACAACUGUGGCUAGAAAAAUUAUAGAAUCAUUAGAUGUACCUUGGGUUGUGUUGCUUAGCAUGGACUCAUUUUAUAAGGUACUAACUGAAGACCAACACGAAAAAGCAGCUCGAAACGAGUACAAUUUUGACCACCCAGAAGCGUUUGAUUUUGAACUUUUAACUUCUACCUUGCAAAGACUAAAGGAUGGGAAAAAAGUUGAAGUACCUAUUUAUAACUUUGUCACGCACUCUAGAGAAAUGAAAACUAAAACUAUGUAUGGUGCUAAUGUUAUAAUAUUUGAAGGAAUUAUGGCAUUUUAUAAUGCAGAAGUUUUACAAUUGUUGGAUAUGAAAGUAUUUGUUGAUACAGAUGCCGAUAUUAGGUUAGCUAGAAGACUGAAAAGAGAUAUAUCUCAACGAGGCAGAGAUCUUCAAGGCGUUCUUAAACAGUACUGUAAUAUGGUGAAACCAUCAUUUUCACAUUACAUAGCACCAUCAAUGGUUCAUGCUGACAUUAUUGUACCUCGAGGUGGAGACAAUACUGUAGCCAUUGAACUGAUAGUCCGACACGUACAUAAACAACUUCAAGCGCGAGGAUUCAAGCUACGUGAAACACUUGCGAUGUCAUAUGUCGGCCAACCUUUUCCUAGUUCUAUCCAUCUGUUGCCAUCUACGCCUCAAACACAAGGCUUACAUACCUUUAUUCGAAAUAAAGAUACCCCUAAAGACGAGUUCAUAUUCUAUUCAAAACGGCUUAUAAGGCUAGUCAUUGAAUUUGCGCUCUCACUGUUACCAUUUAAGGACGUUAUAGUGGAAACACCACAGUGUGUACCUUAUCCGGGUAAGCGAUGUGCCAGCGAUAAGAUUUGUGGCGUGUCAAUUUUACGAGCCGGUGAAACAAUGGAACAAGCAGUUUGUGAUGUUUGCAAAGAUAUUCGAAUUGGAAAAAUUUUAAUUCAAACAAACAGAUGUACUGGCGAACCAGAGCUAUACUAUUUGCGUUUGCCUAAAGACAUUAAAGACUACAUGGUGAUAUUGAUGGAUGCUACAGUAGCUACUGGUGCAGCUGCAAUGAUGGCUAUUCGAGUACUUUUAGACCAUGACGUUCCUGAAGAUAAUAUUUUACUAGUGUCGUUACUUAUGGCAGAAUCUGGUGUGCACACAAUUGCAUAUGCUUUUCCUCAAGUACGUAUUGUUACGUCAGCUGUUGAUCCUGAAAUAAAUGAAAAGUUUCACGUUUUGCCUGGAAUUGGAAACUUCGGUGAUCGAUACUUCGGAACAGAACCAGAAGAGUAUCUAUCUAGUUAAAAUGAUUAAUAUGAUUAUUGUACUUAAUUUUUAAUGCACAAGAUUAUCGAAUCUUUUGUAUUAAUUUUGUGAUUACUGUGUUUCUAGUAUUUUUUUUUUAAGCAUAAAUUUCGAUAAUCGGUUGAUGUACUGUGUUAUUGUACUUAAAGUAAAUAAGUAUUAUAUAAAUUAAUUUUCGAUAAUAAAAUCAUUUAUUGAUGAUAUUGCCAAAGAUUAAUUGCAUAAUAGUUUGUUUUUACGAUUCACAUUUGAAGUCUUAACCGUUGUGUUUUGUGUAUACAUACUGUAAACAGCUGUUUAUUAUCCUAUGGUUUUCGUUUAUAGCGAAAGCCGAAAUUAAAAUGAAAUAUUUAAUUAAGUUUUAAGUUAUAAUAAUGUUAAAUCAAUUAUUAUAAUUAUAUUUCUUGAAAGUUUUAAAAUAUAUUUUUAAAGUAUAAUCAUACGUCCAUGUUAAAAUA